AUGUCGCUGCCCCCCCAGCGAAAAGCCUCUAUAGCGUGUAGUGAGUGUAAGCGACUCAAGUCCAAGUGUCGAGUCCGCGACGGGGCGACGGUCUGCGAUCGAUGUACCAAGCAGAAGCUGCCAUGCAUCUUUGAUCUAGAUGAAGAUGGGAGACGCCGAUUGGCCCAUAAGCGUAAGAUCGAGCGACUGGAGGAGGAGCGCGAUCUCCUGCUGCAGGUCGUGCACUCGCUGCGGGACAGCUCCGACACCAAAGCGGCGGAGCUGCUGAAUCUGGUGCGGAGCAAAGCCCCCUUGGGCGAGCUCAAGUCCUACCUGGACCAAGAUCAACCGGACCUCGUGCAGGCGGCCACGAAGCAGGCCUCCAUCCACCGCGCCAUGGAUAUCAACCGUCUGGUCGAUAUCCCCGUCUACCGCGUUCCCGCGGCGCCCUGGACCGCCGUCACUCAGAGCGACGAGCUGGUCUCGCAUCUCGUCUCCCUGUGGUUUACCUGGAGCCAUCCAUUCUAUAACUGGAUCGAUCGAGACCUCUUCCUGCGCGAUGCGCAGUCUGGCCACCUUGACUCGCGGUUCUGCUCUCCAUUCUUGUUCAAUUGCAUUCUCGCCGAGGCCUGUUUUCAUUCCGACUAUCCGGAAACCUAUGCCGAUCCCGAUGACCCGAAUUCCAAGGGGUUGCACUUUUACGGGGAAGCCCGCCGACAUUACGAUAAGAUCGGGGGUCGGCUCGAUCUCCCCACCCUCCAAGGGUGCGGGGUGAUUAUGGCAGCGAUGGGCAAAGACCGUGUGGGCUGGUGGCAUCUCGGCCAGAUCAACAACAUGGCGCAAGAAUAUGCGAGAUCGCAACCGCCACCGUCAACCGAGACGCGAGAAAGUCGGGCAGUGAACCAGACCCUCUGGGGGCUGUACAAUCUGACAGCGACUAGCUCGAUUGCGUACAUGAAAUUCCUGGCCACGGAGCAGCCAGAUCGGCCACUUCCCCCCUGCGACCACGAGGCGGACGACAGUUGGUCCCCUUAUCCCCAGCCGCAGGCCUCCCCCCUGCAGUCGCACGUCCCGUGUGUCUUCAACAGUUGGUCUCAGCUUAGCCAGAUCAAUGCGGAAACCAACAAAUCUAUCUUUGGGUCCAAGCUGUCACGGAGCGAGCUGCAGCGGUCGCUCACCGAGAUACAGGCGAAGAUGGACGAGUGGCGGGCGAAUUUACCGGCAUGUCUGAGUCUGGACGCCUGCACGGUGCCGCACGCGUAUUGUCUACAUUUCUUCUACCACAGCCUCAUCAUCUCCCUCUGGGGCCUUCUGAAAACCGAACCCGAACUCGAAUCCGACGAGGAUGAACAAGGCGACAGCGCCACCGCCGCAUACGCGCGAAAAUUGUGCGUGGACUCCGCCCUCGCGAUCGUCGGGCUCCUGCGCAUCCACCGCACCCGCUGGGGGAUCGACUACAUCCACCCAACGACCGUUCACUGGGUGAGCAUGGCCGCCUUCACCUUACUCGAAGUCCUGGGCGAUGCCGACCCCGCCUACAAGACGUCCUUCACCGAACUGUGCGUCUUCGCCCGGGCCCUCUCCCGCAAGUGCACGUUGAUGAAGGGGAUCCUGCGGAUGAUCCAGGUUUCGGCCCAAAAAAGUAGCGUGACGCUCCCACCCGAGACCAACGCUCUAUUUACAGAAUUUGAACAGGCGAUGUGGGAAUCCAAGGAUCGCGAGCGCUUUCGGAGCUUGUAUCCGAAUCUGGAGGCUUUGUCGAAGACAGGUGGGGAUCGGACUCGGCUUGAUGAUGCCGAAUUGGACAGCUUUCUCGAGAAAUGGGAUAUCCUGGAGGUAGUCGAGAGAGAAGAGUCGACGGAGACUGCCAAGACUGCGCAAGAUCUCCCCGAGAUUGCAAAGACUGAGCAUCGCAUAGAGGACGAUAUGACCGAUUGA